AUGACGCAGCAAAUGAUCUCCAGCCUGACAAAGACGGGAAUAGAGGCUAGCCUGCAUUUUGCGAGGUUUCGGGUUACGAAAAUCGAACUUUCUGACGAUUCAAAAUCUCAAUUCGCCCUCGAGUCAAUGCUCAACGCAGCGAAGCUUUUAGCGGAUGCCAAAGUCGACAUCAUUGGCUGGAGCGGCACAUCCGCAGCCUGGCUGGGGUUUUCUACAGACGAGACUUUAUGUCAGGUGAUUGAGAACACCACCGGUAUUCCGGCAACUUCAUCGGUGUUGGCGAUAAGAGAUAUUUUACGUCUAAAGGUGGCUCCAGAGAUUGGCCUCGUGACACCAUACGUGGCGAAGGUUAAUGUUUCAAUCUGCGAGAACUUUACAACCGAGGGGCUCCCCAUAGCGACGUCAAGAUCACAGUGCUCCGGCUUAACGACGAAUUUUGAUUUUGCGGGUGUUCAAGAGAAAGACUUGGAUGGGAUGGUCGCAAAGGUUGUCGCGAAUGGUGGCCGGGUCAUUCUUAUCAUGUGUACCAACCUUGCGGCUGCUCAAAGAGCGAUAUUCUGGGAAAGGAAGUAUUCCAUUACAGUUUUAGACUCGGUCGCCACUGUACUGUACGGUAUGCUUCGACAACUCGGCAUGGCAACUUCAUGCCUUGCUAGUGAAUGGGGUUCAUUAUUCAGUAUCGAAACUGGCCAGAACAUUUAG